CUGACGUCCCGAGCAGUGCUGGGAAGUAUAGGCUGUGUUGUCACGCCGGUGUCAGUCUGAUGAAGAUUGGCAUCAGGUGCACUGGCUCCAGCCAACAAGGAAGAAUUGCUGGCCCAGCUGGAAGUGAGAAGAGGGGAGUGAGUCUCCUGAGGGCCAUCCCAGAGGCCACCGGGAUCACCCGAACAAUGACGGCGACCGCUCAGGCCCCCUCUAAGGCCCAGGCUGUCCACAUCGCCGCACCCUCGGCUGCUGCCAGUACACCUGUGCCCAGUGCCCCCAUCGACCCCCAGGCCCAGCUGGAGGCUGACAAGCGAGCUGUGUACAGGCACCCUCUUUUCCCGCUCCUGACGCUGCUGUUUGAGAAAUGUGAACAGGCCACGCAGGGCUCGGAGUGCAUCACCUCCGCCAGCUUUGACGUGGACAUCGAGAACUUUGUCCACCAACAAGAGCAAGAGCACAAACCCUUCUUCAGCGAGGACCCAGAGCUGGACAACCUGAUGGUGAAGGCAAUCCAGGUCCUAAGAAUCCACCUGCUGGAGCUGGAGAAAGUCAAUGAACUCUGCAAGGACUUUUGUAACCGUUACAUCACCUGCCUCAAAACCAAGAUGCACAGUGAUAACCUGCUCAGGAAUGACCUCGGGGGGCCCUACUCCCCCAACCAGCCCUCCAUAAACCUUCACUCACAGGACCUCCUGCAGAAUUCCCCCAGUUCCAUGUCUGGAGUCUCCAAUAACCCCCAGGGGAUUGUGGUCCCAGCCUCAGCGCUCCAGCAGGGCAACAUCGCCAUGACAGCUGUCAACUCACAAGUGGUGUCAGGUGGAGCCUUAUACCAGCCGGUUACCAUGGUAACCUCCCAGGGUCAGGUGGUCACCCAAGCAAUCCCCCAGGGAGCCAUCCAGAUCCAGAGCACACAGGUUAACCUUGACCUCACCUCCCUCCUGGAAAAUGAGGAUAAGAAGUCCAAGAACAAACGAGGAGUCUUGCCCAAGCAUGCCACCAAUAUAAUGCGUUCUUGGCUCUUCCAGCAUCUCAUGCACCCCUACCCCACGGAGGAUGAGAAGAGGCAGAUCGCGGCCCAGACAAACCUCACCCUCCUGCAAGUGAAUAACUGGUUCAUCAAUGCCCGGAGGCGCAUCCUGCAGCCCAUGCUUGACGCCAGCAACCCCGACCCUGCCCCCAAAGCCAAGAAAAUCAAGUCGCAGCACCGGCCCACCCAAAGAUUCUGGCCCAACUCCAUUGCUGCAGGGGUGCUGCAGCAGCAGGGUGGUGCCCCGGGGACAAACCCCGAUGGUUCCGUCAGCCUGGACAACCUGCAGUCCCUGUCCUCAGACAAUGCCGCCAUGGCCAUGCAGCAGGCUAUGAUGGCCGCACACGACGACUCACUGGAUGGGACAGAGGAGGAGGAUGAGGAUGAGAUGGAAGAGGAAGAGGAGCUGGAAGACGAGGCCGACGAGCUGCAGACAACGAAUGUCAGCGACCUGGGCUUGGAGCACAGGGACUCCCUGGAGUAGCCGGGCAGCCCAGGUGGCACUGAUCACCAAGCAGGAGUGUCGUCAGGAGGGCUUCAGGGUGGCGGGGGGGAGGAGACACGGGCAGGCAGCACCGAGCAAGUUGGACCCUGGCUUCCCAAAAUCAGUAGCUGGAGGAAAUGCAGAGGAAACACCUGUUCCUUCCCAACCACCAAGCUUCAACCAGUACCCUGGCCCCACUUCCCUAGAGCUGCGGAGGACUCCGUUUGGCGGGGCCAGUCGAGCAGCCCGGACAGAAAGGCAGGAGUGAGAUCUGGACUCACCAAAUCCCUAUGAACAGAUGGCACCCACGCCCCCAAACCCCCGUCACUGAAGGACUUGAGUUGUUUACAAGCCCUGUGCCGUAAGGUGGAUCAGUGCUGUUCACAGAGUGAGCCUUUGCCAGGGAACAGAGGAGGAAAGGGAGAGAC